CGGAAGCGUCCGGGAGGCGUUGGCGGCGGCGGCGACGGCGCACGUGGUGACGUGCGAGGGGGUGAGGCGCGAGCGGGCGGCGGCGGCGGCAGUGUCUCCCCGACGCGCGUGGAGGUCGGUGUCUCCGAACUGCUGGGCGCAGUUUCUCCGCCUGGUGUUUCGGCGAGACUGUGCCACCGAGUGAGCGGGUCCCCGCGAACCCUCGGUGGCGCUGCCCGCUCUUCAGAGCCUCCGUGGACUGACCGCUCGUUUCUCCCGCUCGAUCGGGUCCCCCCUCCGCGGCCUCGAGGCGCUUUCCGUUGGGCCUAUUCCCGCCCGCUUCCUGCUGCUCCCCGUCGAAGCUCCAGAGAUGAGUUUUUCCAUCUCUUCAGAGAUGAACCAGAUUAUGAUGCAUGAUUAUCACAGAAGAAAUUCAUGUCUAUAGCUUUUAAGGACUUGAUUACAUCAUUUUCAAGCCUGAUAGUUUUGGAAUCACCAUUAGAGUUUACUUCAACCACUUGUCUUCAUACCUCAACGAAGUGCUGAGUUUUAACACUCCUUUGUCCUUGGAUUAUAUUUAAGACAUCCCAGAAAAACAUUUCUCACCAGUAUAGGAGCCAAAUUUAUAAGAAAAAUGAUUCCCAAUGGCUAUUUAAUGUUUGAAGAUGAAAAUUUCAUUGAGUCUUCUGUUGCCAAAUUAAACGCCCUGAGGAAAAGUGGCCAGUUCUGUGAUGUUCGACUUCAGGUCUGCGGCCAUGAGAUGUUAGCACACAGAGCUGUCCUGGCAUGCUGCAGUCCCUAUUUAUUUGAAAUCUUUAAUAGUGAUAGUGAUCCUCAUAGAGUUUCUCAUGUUAAAUUUGAUGAUCUCAAUCCAGAAGCUGUGGAAGUCUUGUUGAAUUAUGCCUACACUGCACAGUUGAAAGCUGAUAAGGAAUUAGUAAAAGAUGUUUAUUCUGCAGCCAAAAAGCUAAAGAUGGACCGAGUAAAGCAGGUUUGUGGCGAUUAUUUACUAUCUAGAAUGGAUGUUACCAGCUGCAUCUCUUACCGAAAUUUUGCAAGUUGUAUGGGAGACUCCCGUUUGUUGAAUAAGGUUGAUGCUUAUAUUCAGGAGCAUUUGUUACAAAUUUCAGAAGAAGAAGAGUUUCUUAAACUUCCACGGCUAAAGCUGGAGGUAAUGCUUGAAGAUAAUGUUUGCUUGCCCAGCAAUGGCAAAUUGUAUACAAAGGUAAUCAACUGGGUGCAGCGUAGCAUCUGGGAGAAUGGAGACAGUCUGGAAGAGCUGAUGGAAGAGGUUCAAACCUUGUACUACUCAGCUGAUCACAAGCUGCUUGAUGGGAACCUACUAGAUGGACAGGCUGAGGUGUUUGGCAGUGAUGAUGACCACAUUCAGUUUGUGCAGAAAAAGCCACCACGUGAGAAUGGCCAUAAGCAGAUAAAUAGCAGUUCCACUGGAUGUCUCUCUUCUCCAAAUGCUACAGUACAAAGCCCUAAGCACGAGUGGAAAAUCGUUGCUUCAGAAAAGACUUCAAAUAACACUUACUUGUGCCUGGCUGUGCUGGAUGGUACAUUCUGUGUCAUUUUCCUUCACGGGCGAAGCAGCCCACAGAGCUCACCAACAAGUACUCCAAAACUGACUAAAAGUUUAAGCUUUGAGAUGCAACCAGAUGAGCGAAUAGAAAAGCCUAUGUCUCCCAUGCAUUAUGCACGGUCCGGUCUGGGGACAGCAGAGAUGAACGGCAAACUCAUAGCCGCAGGUGGUUAUAACAGAGAGGAAUGUCUUCGAACAGUUGAAUGCUACGACCCACAUACAGAUCAUUGGUCCUUUCUUGCUCCCAUGAGAACACCAAGAGCCCGGUUUCAAAUGGCGGUGCUUAUGGGCCAGCUGUAUGUGGUUGGUGGAUCGAAUGGCCACUCAGAUGACCUGAGCUGUGGAGAGAUGUACGAUCCAAACGUAGAUGACUGGAUUCCUGUUCCAGAAUUGAGAACUAACCGUUGUAAUGCAGGAGUGUGCGCUCUGAAUGGGAAGUUAUACGUCCUUGGUGGCUCUGAUCCAUAUGGUCAGAAGGGACUGAAAAACUGUGAUGUGUUUGAUCCGGUAACAAAGUCAUGGACAAGCUGCGCUCCUCUUAACAUUCGUAGACACCAGUCUGCAGUCUGUGAGCUUGAUGGGUAUUUGUACAUAAUCGGAGGUGCAGAGUCGUGGAAUUGCCUGAACACAGUGGAACGUUACAAUCCUGUAAAUAACACCUGGACUCUCAUUGCGCCCAUGAAUGUGGCCAGGCGAGGAGCUGGAGUAGCUGUUCUUGACGGAAAACUGUUUGUAGGUGGUGGCUUUGAUGGUUCUCACGCCAUCAGCUGUGUGGAGAUGUAUGAUCCAACUAAAAAUGAAUGGAAGAUGAUGGGAAACAUGACUUCACCAAGAAGCAACGCCGGGAUUGCAGCUGUCGGGAGCACCAUUUAUGCAGUGGGAGGAUUUGAUGGCAAUGAAUUUCUGAACACGGUGGAAGUCUAUAACCUUGAGACAAAUGAGUGGAGCCCCUAUACAAAGAUUUUCCAGUUUUAGCAAAUUUAAGAUUCUUUCAAACUAACAGGCUUAGUGAUGUAAUUGUGAUUUAAGUAGAGGUACAUUUGUGAAUAAGGAGGGUGGGUGGGGAUAGAGUUGCUAACAGCAACACAGAGCUUUUGCAUAUUGCAUAUUAUUAAACGUGCUGUACAUACUUUUUGUGUUAUUGGGAAGGGACUGCAAAGAUGAAGGUCUGUUUUCUGUAUUUUUAGGACUACUUUCAUUAUUUUACUUUUUGGAAAUUGAUAUUGUAAAAGAAUAAAAAAACAAAAUUGAUUGGGCACAUCAUUUCAAGAAGUCCCCUCUCCUCUGCAUUUGUUUUGCCAGUUUGCACAGUUGACGACUCUUCCCUCAAAUGUGUUUUAUGGGGCAAGAGGGGGAGCAUUUUAAGACAUUGGGCAGUUGGGUUUUCUAAGGGCCCCUUUUCAAUAACUGGAACACUACAACAAAAGAGACUUAUUUAAAUAGAUGACAAGGACUAUUUCUGUUUUUAUUAAAAGAAGUGACAUGCCUACCAAGAUUUAAUCUUUUAAUGAUUGCCUUUUAUAACUAUAUUCUCAGCAGAGUGCUUGACCUAUGUUAGUAAGAUAUAGCAGAUUCAGCUUACUGAAGUAGAGUGGUAGUCUUACAGGACGCUGUGGGAGGGGUUUCCUUUUCAUGCCCAGAGUUCAAACUUCUAAGCUUUGGCCUCAGCUACAAUGUUUUUUGAGAAUGCAGUACCAGUGUUUAUUUGAAUGGAGCUGCUGAACAGGAAUGUAGUUGUCAUUUUUAUUUGAAACACUGAUUUUAAAUAUUUUGACUUCUUGAGGGUAUAUUUUAAUAUAGCAAGACACCUAAUAUAUAACAGUACAGUGACAUAUUUUAUCUUCUAAGUCCUGUUUUUAUUAUUGACAAAACAAUCCCAAAUGGCAGCCCUCAAUUGUGAAAACAAUUACUUAAACUGUAUUGGGUUUAUGAAUGCAGCCUUUAUCAGAACUAUGUUUUUGUUCAGUUUUUCUAUUCAUGUGGGUAAAUACUGGUUGGGGUCACUUGGUCUCCCAUGGGUAGUGCUCCACAUAUAACUUAUGGUGCUAAAACCAGCACAUCCUAAUGCCUGCUGCUCAUGCAAACAUAUUAAAGGUACUUUGCAGGAAAUCCUUGCACCAUGGGAUUAAUAUCCAAAGGUCUGUGUACUCCUUCAUUACCAAAAGUUUGGGGGAAACAUUUUUUCCAGUACUCGUGAGCUUCAGGUAUUUGUGAAAAAGUAUUCACCUGGCAUCUUACAUCUGAAAUAAGGACUGAUGUUUGGUUUUAAGAACACAAAGGCUUCUCAGAACACAAAGAAGCACCCAAGUCUAAUGAGCCAACUGGGACAGAAUGACUAUCCAGUGGCUAACUUGGGUUAGGAAGAAAACGAGGUAUUCUCCAAACGUUCCACAGGCACUUUGACACUUUAUUUCCACAAAACACCUCCAAGAAAGGAAAUCAGUUCACCUGAUGACUGGCUCCUGACUUUCUCUAUUGCUGGCUGGUUGCUCUGGACUAACGCUAGAUUUGAAUUUGCCUCUUACAACAUUUUCAAAUGGCUCUGUAUAUGCUCCAUACAGCACAGGGAAAUUAAGUUCCAGUUGGGGAU